AUACUCCAGUUCGCAAAAUAUUUAUUUAUGCAAGUUGAUGGGGAUGGAGGAGACAUGCUACAAAACAAGGAAUGUGAAUAUGUGAACUAGUUAUAGGAGAAUGGGCGCUUCUUUUUAUAGAAAUGGUUUUAUAUGCAGAGAGGCAGAGAGUAUCGAAUCUCUCUCUCUAAUUAUAGGUCUUUUGUUCAAGACUUUUUUUUUAUCAACGUUAAGACUAUAGAGUGAGAGAGAAAGAAAGACAAAAAACCAAAGAUUAUCUCGAAGAUCAAUAAGAUUUUCUUUCCACCUUCGGAUUCUCUCCCUCUCUUUAAUACUACUACUACUACUUGGCACUUGCUACUAGCCCUUGUGAUUAUUGCGGUUCAUAAAUUCUAUGUGCCGACUCAGUUCGUGCGUGGGAUACACACACUCCAAUCUCUUUCUGCUCUCUAUUAAAAAAAAAAUUAUUUAAUGCUCUCUCACAACUACUUUCUUCUACAAGUGGCGGUGAACAGAAGAAGACAGAAUCACAUAUAGAGAUAUGAUCUGAUCUCAUUUCAUUUUCCUUCUUUUACGAGGGAAAUUUAAUACUUCUCCACUUUGAAUUAUUUCAUUUACUCAUCAGGAAAGAUAGAGAGAAAGAGAGAUAAAUAUAUUACUCAUACGCUCUUUGACAGAUAUUUAUAUAUCAGAAAAAUUCGUAAGUAGAGUGAAAGGUAGAGAAGCAAUGUUUGCGGCGGAGAACGGGCUCAAAGGAGAUCCAAGGCUUGAAGCUAUAUCAGCAGCGAUUAGAGUUGUUCCUGAUUUCCCCAAGAAAGGGAUUAUGUUUCAGGACAUAACAACGUUGUUACUGGAACACAAGGCCUUUAAACAUACAAUUGAUAUUUUUGUUGAUCGCUACAAAGACAUGCAUAUCUCUGUUGUUGCUGGAGUUGAAGCAAGAGGUUUCAUGUUUGGUCCAUCUAUUGCAUUAGCCAUAGGUGCAAAGUUUGUCCCUUUGCGUAAACCCGGAAAAUUACCAGGGAAGGUCAUAUCGGAGUCUUAUGAGCUCGAGUAUGGACAUGACCGUUUAGAGAUGCACGUUGACGCCGUUGAGCCACGAGAACGCGUCAUUAUCAUCGAUGAUCUUGUCGCUACCGGUGGCACACUCUCCGCCGCUAUUAGUCUCAUGGAAAGCCAGGGAGCUGAAGUUGUGGAAUGUGCGUGUGUUAUCGGCUUGCCUGAAGUCAAGGGACAACACAAGCUGGAAGGGAAGCCGCUCUAUGUGCUGGUGGAGCCUAGUGGAUUAGAUGAAUUCUGAUUCGGAUACAACCCGGUUAAUUCCGGUUCAGCUUUUUGUCCUCAUGCAGAGACAGAGUUCAUGUUCUUUAAAAAUUUUGAUGUUUGUGUUAACGUAUGAGUUAGGACAAUAAUGUGUACUUUCCACUGCAGCGGUUGGUAAAACCGGGAAACAGAAACCUCUUUACGUCGCUGUUUUGGUGGAUCACUAAUUAACCUCUUUUUUUUCCGUCAUAAAAUUCAUUCAAAGUGAAAUAGCAUUUGUGA